UCUAAACUCAUGCUACAAGGACAUACAUGCACACACACAUACACACCCCUUGCCUUAAAGGAGCAUUACAGACUAUGAUGGUUAGUUUUAGUCAGUUUGAAAGGAACUUUUCUCCAACUCCACAGAGCACAUACUGACAGAUCUAUGAGGAACGAACAUACUGCCGGGAGUCAGCAGGACAGAGCGAUAUCACCCGCUGAGUUUGAUGCCUUAUGGAAUGACCCUCCAUACACUUUAGCAGCCGUCAGCGAGCUCUUUUCGCCCAAUGACACCAUGACAGCCGAUGAGGAAGCGGAGGCUGAGGCUGAGGUGGAGGCAGAAAGCAUAAGCAGAGAGAUUUACUGGAGGAGGAAGCAAACAUUCAGCGGAAGCAGCACAGUAUCUUCAGCAGGAGAACGCUCUUCUCCAGAUGUUGUUUUGUUGUUUAGCGGGAGGCGACGAUCUGGUGUAGCACCUGACAGUGAGCUUCAGGAGGCGUUACGUACCAGACUCCGAGUAGUAGAGAGCAACAGCCAGGAUGUUGUCCAGCUCUUCAAGGAUCUGUCUGCAAGACUAGUGUCUGUUCAUGCUGAAAAAGACAGCUUUGUCAUCACUUUUAAGACUGUCGAGGAAAUUUGGAAGUUCUCUACUUAUUUGGCACUUGGAUAUGUAGCAAGAUGUCUUGAGAACUUUCUCUGUGACCAGUCGUUCUGGCUGGACCCUGCAUUGCUUAGUGAUGUGGAGAUCUGUGUAACAGCGGACGAAGACCACUUAGCUACUCUUUACUUAGGACUUCUGCUACAGGAAGGUACAUUCUUUGCCAAGACUUUAUACAAUAGUGAUUGCAAGGAGGAGGAAGAGGAGCUGACGUACAGGAGGAAUGACCUGGUGAUUGUUAAAGACAUAGGACAAGAGGCCAUUUGGGAAGGUUCACUGCUGUCCACAGGCCAACACGGUCUAGUGCCUGUGCAUAAUAUGCAGCCUCUGCCCUAUCCAUUUUAUCAGUGGUUCCUUAAGAAAUAUCCCGGAAAUGCAGGAGGGAUUCUAGUUACAGAUGGCCUAUUCAAUCAUCCUGUUGUGGUUGGAACUUGUGUAGCAGUAGUGGACCAUUACCCAGUGGUUAAAGAUGAGCUGCACUUAUGCAAGGGAGACAUAAUCAAGAUUGAGGGAUUUCUUUUCAAUACUCUCAACAUGUUCAUAGGAAGACACCUUACAAGUGGAGAGAUAGGAUUUGUUCACAAGGCCAGUGUAAAACCUCAGAGUAUUGAGCCUAUCGAUGGACAAUUGGUCUUUCUCAGUGAGGAGGAAAGGGCAGCCCUGUGUAAACUUAACCCCUGCUUUGAGCCUUGCCAGUCUGAUGUACUGGCAAAUCUUUUCUCAACAGACAUAAGCACUGUGUAUAGACUGGAUAGACUUGAUGACUCUGAUUUCACUUACAUAAGAAAUCAUCCAAAAUCAGAGCAGAAAUCAACAGAGGAUCAAAGAAAGAGCACCGUAUCUGAGAAAAGUGACACAACUCCCUACCACUCGUCCCCUCGGCAAUCAUUCUAUGCCUCUCGGAAUCAUCUGUAUCAGGACUCUGAGGUCUUCUCCUUCAGCAUGGAAGACACCUUUAGAGAAAUGGAUGAAUAUGAGGAAGACCCUCCAAAUGUCAUGGAUGAGGGUAUCUGGGAGACAGAUGAAGCCGAGAGAUGUGACCCGAUCCUGACCCUUCUAAAUCUGGAAUAUUUUCAGGACACAUUUCAAACUCUUUAUGACCUCUCCUACUCUUUCCUGGACACUUUCUUCCAUGGCCUUCCAGAGGAUGAGGUGCUUCAACAUUUGGAAAACUUGCGAGAAGGAGCUAAGAAAUGCAGGAUGCUCUGGGCCCACCGGCGAACCUGCUUCCUUCUUGGCCGGCUAUGUGCUAAGAAACUGAAGUACUCACAAGCACGAGUGUACUUUGAGGAGGCUCUAAAGGUCCCUGUAACUGGUUUUGAUGACAAGCCACUUCUAAUAGCCCUGUAUACCAAUCUCACUGCAAUUUACCUCAAACAGAAGAUGAAGGACAAGCUACCAUUUACACUAGAGAAGGCAAGUGCUCUAAUUAUGUGCCUUCCUUGCCACAACUUCUGCUCUGUGGAUGAGUUUGAGCUGCUCCAACCAAUCAUGCGCAAAGCCAUAGUUGAAAAAGACAAGUACCUAGAGGCACGGACAUGCUACCUCUCCCUCUGUCUCUUUCUCCGUCUAAGAAAAAUAGAGGAUGCUUUACCUUUUGUAGAGAGACUUCAGUUACUUAUCAUAACACUGUCUGCGGAAAAAGGGAGGCCAGUUGCCCCUGUUGAUCUCAAUUGGAUGCUGUGCAGGCUUUAUCAUAAAAAGUAUUUGCCCUACCUCACACUAGCUUCUUUAAGUUUAGACUCAGGGCAAGAGCAUUCCUUGGAUGAUGCAUUCCAGAAAAUUGAACUCUUUAUCAAAAACUCAGCCAGGCUUAAUCCUCACUGGAAGGAAAGUACUUCAGAGCUUCCUGCACAGGUGGUGGUCUACCUUCAACAAGCCUUGUCAAUAGCUAGUCAAGGGGAAGACUUUAGGACUCAGAGGGACCUGUGCCUCAGCCUGGCUAGUGUUUACCAGCAGCAUGGAGCUUUAGAGAAGGCUGUACCCUUUGCCCAGCAAGCAGCAAAGACUGGAAGUCAAAUUAAUGAAGAGGAGGGCUUUGAGGCAUCCGUACUGCUGGCCUGGCUAUUGGUGCUAACAGAUGAACCCAUGCAAGCUCAGAAUACUCUGCAACCUAUGCUUAAAUCUUUGGAUGAAACAGACAGUCCGACGCAGCGUGGUGUAGUCCACAACCUUCUAGCCCUAUGUCUCAGCAAACAAGGCAGAGUCCAGGAGGCAGCAAGAAACUUUUAUUGCGCUCUGCAGAUCUCCCGAGAGAAUGGGAACAAGCGUAAUGAAGCUCUAGCACUGGCAAACUUGGGCUGCUUGUUUCUGUCUGUCGGGGCUUCGGGCCUAGCAGAGUGUUUCUUGCUCAAUUCCCUGCACCUAUUCCAGUUUCUCUCAGACAGCCCCACAGAUCAGGAGCAUGUCCAGGUUUUGCUUUGGCUCGGCAGGAGCUACAAAGAUAGAGGAGGGAGUCAGGAAGUCAGACUAUGCUUUGAGAUGGGCCUCCUUAUUGCUAUUAGUGCCAACAAUCUGCACAGUCAAAUGGUUGUUGCAAAAGUUCUAAGUCGGCAUUACGCUGACUUGCUGCUGUAUGGACAGUGUAUUGUUUACUAUGAGCAUUGUGUGGGGCUGUGCAGAACCCUUAAGAAUAAACAGCUAGAAGGAGAGUACCUGGAACUUCUCAGCAACCUCUAUCUCUCACUCAACACUGAGAAGUCAUCAAGGAAGUCUCUUGAUUAUUCAAAGCAAAGCUUAAGGAUCUCCAUAGAUCUGGGGAAAAGACAGGAAGAGUCUGAGACAUGGCUUCAAGUGGGCCGUAUCUACUAUCUGAUCUAUGAAGAUGAGCUGGCUGACAUGUACCUACAGGCAGCAGUAAAGACAGCCCUGAGAAUGAAUGACCCAUGCUUUGCUAUGAGCAUUUAUGAGGAAGCAGGAGAUGUGUUCUUCAAAGGACACAGAAAUCAACUGGCUGCACUACCAUUUUACAGGGAUGGGAGUUUGCCAUUUGCACGCAGCAUAAAGGAUGUGCACUCAGAGUUCAGGCUGUUGAGCAAGCUCACAGAGCUCCUGAUGAAGCAGAAGCAGUAUGAGGAGGCACUGCAAUACGCCACACUCGCAGUGCAAGUCAGCGCCACAACUGGUGUUCCUCUGAAUGAGAGAGUGUCCUGCCAUCGUCUUGCAUCAGUGCAUUUCUCUUUAGAGAAGUAUGAGAUGGCUGAGAACUUCUACCUUAAGUCUAUUUCAGUCUGCCCUACUGCUCUUGAACAUGCCAUUGAAGUUCGGUACUAUGUUAAAGUGUACUGCAGACUUGCUGAUCUGACCCUAUACAGAUUAAAGGAUGCAUUCGAUGCCAUGGGCUACUUCCACUUAGCCCUGGCGGCAGCUCUGGAGGACAAAGAAAGCCUAAGCACACUGUACAUAAUCUAUAUGAAGCUCGCAGAGAUCCAUGCCAACUACAUUCCCGAUGCUGAACUGAGUAAAAGCUACAUGGAAAGAGCGCAGAGUUUGAGGAAGGAACUGGCAGGAGACACAGACUCUUGUGACACAGAAGAAACACAUCAGGACCCAGCUGAGGCAGAGCCUGACACUCCCACCAAAGAUCGGUCAGAGUCCAACAGCGGCACUAGUACUCUGACCGAGUCCAGCAUGACCAACACCAGCCACACAAUCAAUGCAGAGUCUGAGCACAUACUCUCUAACACAAGCCACAAAGACGACCCGAACACUAACAUAUCGGUGGAAACGGACACAGACACAGACCCUCCUGAUCAAACCAAGAGACUAGCAGUUUGAAGGAAGGCUUGACUGGUGUAUUGUGAAUAAGACACAUUUCUUUCUUUCUUUUUUUUCUCCUUUUUUAAGCAAAUGUUUAAAAUUCCAUAAUAUAUUUUCUAUUAAGAGUUUCAAAAUGAUUUUUUUAAAUAUUGCAUAACUGUAAAUUAAUUAUGUACACGAAUGAAUGUAAAUGCAUAUCUGUAAAUAUGAUUUUAAAAAAAAAUCUGUCUACCCUCCUUGAGGGUUCUAAAACCUUUACUUAAUUAAAACUUUAGAAAUUCUGUUACCAUGCAUGGGCAAAAUGCUGAUUGUUUAGCAUGUGCACGAUUACACAAAGCUAUGCAAUUUUUAAUUAAGUUGUUUUAACUAAACAGGCUAAAUGCUCGAAAUAAGAAAGAAACAGUACGAUUGAUGAUCAGCUGACUUUCUCGGACCACCCUGCUAAAACAAGCUGGUCCUGCAGACUUGCUUUGAUUCAACAUCAAGAACAUCGGCCCUUUCUUUCAGAACAUGCUUCAAAACUCCUUGUUCAAGCUCUUGUUCUUUUCAGGCUGGACUAUUGAAAUUAUCUCUUGGCUGGUCUUCCAGCUAGUUCUGUCAAACCUUUAACAAUUAAUCCAAAACUGCAACCUACAUUUUUUAUGAGCCGAAUAAUAUGCACGUCACACCUCACAUUAGUUUGCACUGGCUACCAAUAGCUGCUUGCAUAAAAUUCAAGCCACUAACGUUUGCCUACAAAAUCUAUACUGGCUCUGCUUCCAUUUACCUAAACUCAUUACUUCAGACUUAAUAUGCUCGGUAGAUUCUGAAAGUGAACGUCGCAUGGAUAGAAGCCAUAGGCUACAGUCAGUCAUUCACCGCCGGUGUGCUCACUAACCACUUAUUAAUCGUGUUUGAAAUGGCCAUUAAAGAGUUUUCAUAGACAACUUA